CAUUCCUGAAGCAUGCCAUCCCAUCAGCAACAGCAACAAUGCACACCACCAGCCCAGCAGCAGCAAGUGAAGCAGCCCUGCCAGCCACCUCCUACCAAAUGUCAAGAGGCAUGUGUGCCCAAAAGCAAGGAUCCAUGUGCUCCUCAGGCUAAGAAACAAUGCCCAGCAAAGAACACAGCUGACCCGGCUCAGCAGAAGUGUCCUUCUGCCCAUCAAGACCCUAAGUGUAAACAGAAGUAAGGAUGGACUGGCAACAAUCACCUUUCCACCACCCAGGCUACUAGAUGGAGUUUUGUCUUCCUCCUCCUCCUCCUCCUCCUCUUCCUACUGGCUUCUACCUAUGUCCAAUGAAGCAGCACUGUAAGAUUCCUCAUCAAUCUCCUCAUUAUAUGUGCUCUUUUUUCUCCAAGGCUUCCUUUAUAUCUUAUCCUAAUGGUUCCCAAGUAGAAAUGAGAGAAAAUUCAACCUCCCAGGCCUUUAUAUUGAUCUUACUUACUUACAGCCUUAUGUAUUUUAUAUCACACUAGAACAGAGUGCCAGGCUUCUUCCAGGGCUCUACCCAGAGCUUAUGCUUCAUUCAGUUUCCCUUUAUCCCUCUCUACACCUGUUGCCUAU